UUGUUGAUGUCUCUAAUUAUUUACAUACUAAUAGUUUUAAUGCAAGUACAAUAGAAAAUGUAAUUGAAAAAAUUGAAUUAAAAAAUUUUGCAGCUAUUAUAGUUGAUGGAGAGGCAGCUAUGUAA